AUGAUUGUCUCUUCUCUUGCAGGUGUCUUCAUUGUUGCAGCCAAGAGAACUCCCUUUGGGAGCUAUGGGGGUUUGCUGAAGGACUUCUCAGCCACUGAUCUGACAGAACAUGCUGUCCGGGCUACCUUGGCUGCUGGCAAGAUCUCUCCUGAGAUUAUUGACAGUGUCAUUGUUGGCAAUGUCAUUCAGAGCGCCUCGGAUGCCAUUUAUAUUGCAAGACACGUGGGUUUACGUGUGGGAGUUCCUGUCCCAGUGCCAGCCCUCACUGUCAACAGGCUUUGUGGCUCUGGUUUCCAAUCCAUUGCCAGUGGAUGUCAGGAAAUCUGCCUGAAUGAGUCAGAAGUUGUCCUGUGUGGUGGAGCUGAAAACAUGAGCCAGGCUCCUUACGCAGUUCGAAACAUUCGGUUUGGAACCAGAUUAGGAGCAGAACUCAAGUUGGAAGACACAUUGUGGGAAGGACUGACAGAUACACAUGUUAAGAUACCUAUGGCAGUAACAGCUGAAAACCUGGCUGCAAAAUACAACAUCACACGUGAGGACUGUGACAAAUAUGCCCUCAAAACACAACAGAGAUGCAAAGCUGCUCAGGAUGCUGGUUACUUCAACACUGAGAUGGCACCAAUUGAAGUGAAAACGAAGAAGGGGAAAGAAAGUAUGCAAAAGGAUGAGCACCCCAAGCCCCAGACCACGAUGGAACAGUUGGCCAAACUCCCCUCUAUCUUUAAAAAAAAUGGCACAGUGACUGCUGGGAAUGCUUCAGGGGUGUGUGAUGGAGCUGGUGCAGUCAUCAUUGCCAGUGAAUCAGCACUUAAAAAGCACAGUCUGACUCCUCUGGCAAGGAUAGUGGCCUAUCAUUCAUCUGGCUGUGACCCUUCCAUAAUGGGCAUUGGCCCUGUACCUGCAAUUACUGAGGUUCUGAAGAAAGCAGGCCUGACCCUGAAGGACAUGGAUUUGGUAGAGGUGAACGAGGCCUUUGCCCCUCAGUAUCUCUCUGUCGAAAAAGUCUUGGGCCUUGACCCUGAAAAAACCAAUGUCAACGGAGGUGCCAUUGCUAUAGGUCAUCCCUUGGGUGCUUCAGGAUCAAGGAUCACAGCUCAUCUGGUCCAUGAAUUAAGGAGACGUGGUGGGAAAUACGCAGUUGGGUCAGCUUGCAUUGGAGGUGGACAGGGCAUUGCUCUUAUCAUUGAGAACACAGCCUGAGAAGUUCUGGAAACCUGCCUGAAUUAACAAUUCCCUGAGAAACUUCUGCCUUUUGUGACAAUAAAGCAUCACUACAUUUUGUGCCAUUCCUGC